AUCGCAUCUCGUCUCGACAUCUCUGCCGAUCGCAGGCAAGCGCACCGGGCGGACCCUUGGUGUCGUGUGAUCCGACAUUCGACCGUUGCACUGGCAAACCGCCGCGCUUGUCCUUGGCCCGCCGAGGUGCGUGCGCGAAGGAGGUGCAUCGCAACACAUGCAAGUACAGUGGGAUAGGGACACGAGAGAAGCCUGGCUGCCACGUGCGCGGGGAUCGUACCCGAAUUGUU